AUGAACAUAUUAUCGCAUAAUUAUGAUGUUAUAAUAUUAACCGAGACUUGGUUACAUGAUUGCAUUGUAAACAGUGAAUUUGUGGAUUCCCGCUACAGCGUGUUCCGUUGCGACCGAGAUCGCGCUGUAACAAAGCGUCACGAUGGUGGCGGGGUGUUGGUGGCUGUAUUACGCUCGCUGCGUGCAGUGCGCUGCGUGCUCGCACUUCCCGCUGUCCCCCUCGAUAUCCCACCCAUCAUAGAUCAUAUUCUACUAGAAUUUCACAUCGGUAAGUCUUAUUAUUUAUUAAGCGCGAAUUACAUACCACCCGGUCUAGAUUCUGAUAUAUAUUUUAAUUAUUUUAAUAAACUAGAAGAGAUAAUACAGUUAAAUGGAUAUGAUAACUAUUAUUUAAUUGGCGAUUUCAAUUUGCCUUGUCUUGACUGGUAUCUAGAUGGAACUCAAGCAAAACUUCUAGGUUUAAGCAAUACUACGCCACCAUAUUCUCACUUAGUAAAUUUCAUGUCCGUCAUGGACUGUAUACAAGUGAAUAUUUUUAAAAAUAAUAUGAAUAGGUUACUCGAUUUAUGCCUAACUAAUGUACACAAUAGUAAAACAUUCUCUGCGCCUAUCACUCUAGUCCCGCCUGACGUACAUCAUCCUCCUUAUUACCUCUUAAUACCAAUUGAUAAUAACCUAUCCAAACCUAUGCCAACGAAUCCACGUUUAAGAUAUUGUUACAAGAAUGCUAAUUAUAAACAAAUCAGUAACGAUAUGUUAGAAAUUAAUUGGUGUGAACUAUUUCAAAAUAAAACUGCCGAAGAAAGUGUUAACGUUUUCUAUGAAAAUAUAUUUGAUCUUAUACGUAAACGCGUUCCCUCUAAACGGGAUUCCAAUUCAAAAUUUCCAGUAUGGUUUAGCCCUGCAUUGAUACACAUAUUUAAGAAUAAAAACAAAGCUUGGAUUAAGGCGCAGGUUGAGCAAAAUGUCGCGCUAGUCGUUAUUUGUGCGGUUUUUAGGAGCUAUCUACUUUUUAUUUAA